CAGGACUUUUACUCGUAAUUAAGUAUUUUACUGCAUUAUUACUAGUUUCACUUAAACCUAAGUAAAAGAUCUGAAUUUCUCCUCCCCUGAACUGUACCUGUAUUAAACAGAGAAGAGAGAGAGAGAGACCUGGACAGGUGAUUGGACCCCGCUGUGCCGCGCGCCACAGAUGCGCCCGGCGAGCUUUCCGGCGAGCACGAGCGUCCUUGGGGCUUUUCCGUGCACGCGAGAUUAGGCUGCUCGCGGCAAGCAGCCGGUGGUGAGAGUGAGGGGCACGGACGGACACAUCCUCGGCCGUUGGUCCGUUGAGUCGUCGAAUGAGCUCCGGGAAAAUGUCUGCGACGAGUCCGCACCGAGAGACCAGGAGCUAACGGCUGCUAGAGUCUCGACCGUCGGAUGUUAAGUUUAAAAGUUUUCCCCUCGGACGGUUGUUUGUGAGCGGAGGAGAUAAGCCACCGUAGACGGACAGGUGUCCUCCCGCGUCAGCAGCCCUUCUCCCCUCUCUAUCCCCCCCCCCCCCCCGCUAGCUUGUGGCACGACCGGGGCUCUGAGUUCUUUCCUUCCUUUUAUCAGUUUUCUUUGUUUUUUUUGUGGGUUAUUUUUAUGUUUUGUUUUGUUUUUUGGAGGGGAUAACGCUGGACUUUUCUGAGCCAUGUUGUGGACAAGGUGGCUCGUUCUGCUGCUCUGCUGGGGGGCCACAAGCGGCGAGCAGCAGGCGGCGGAUGAGAGGGACAGAACCCCGGCUGAGGUCCGGGCGGAAUCCCGGAGACAGCGUUCCCCUCCGCCGGUAGAGCCCUUGGAUUUUGGGUUUGUACCGGCGGCGGUCUAUGAUACCCACGCAUACUAUGAGCCUGGGGCCGUAGGGAUCCUCUUCCACAUGGUCCACGCUUUUCUCUACGUUGUUCAACCGAACUCCUUCCCCAAAGAUCUGAUUGUUAAAGUCAUUCAGCAAAACAUGGGGGGCAUCAAAAUAGAGGAGUGGAGAAAGCCAGAAAACGUCGUCUUGCUGCUGCAGUGGAUCCACUACGAGGCCGGAUUCCUCAUAUGUACGACCAUCGGUAUCAUCUUCGUGGUCCUCGUCCCCAUCAUAGGCACGUGUUUCUGCGUGUGUCGGUGCUGCGAGAACUGCGGAGGGGAGAUGCACCAGAGACAGAGGAAGAACGCCGACUGUCAGAGAGGUUUCUACACCGCCUCGCUCAUCGCCACCUCCAUCUUCAUCACUUUGGGAGUACUCGUUGCCUACACCGCAAACCAUAAUAUCAGCGCCCAGAUCAAGAGCACUCGACGGUUGAUCAAUACCAACAUGAGAGACCUGAAGACAUUUGCCAACAACACACCUGCACAAAUUGAAUACCUGACAGCCCAGUACACCACAGCAAAGAACAAAGUCCUGUCUGACCUCUGACAGUAAGUUGAACCCAGACAGUUUACGUGCAACAUUGGACCAUUGCUGGGUGGGAGGAUCCACAGUCAGCUGGAGAAAGACGUGGUUCCAUCACUGGACACUGCCCUGCGUAUGGCAGGAGCCAUGCGGGAGACCAAAGAGGCCCUGGAGAACGUCAGCUCUUCCUUGGAGGUGCUUCAGGAGGGGAGCGGGAAACUUCAGGCCAGUCUGAUGGGGGAGAGGGCCUCUCUGUCCAACACCCUGUCUGACCCCGCCUGCACCAACGGAGCCGUCUCUCACACCUGCAACACCAUCCGAUCAACUCUGACCCAGCUGGGAGCCAACGCAGACUUCUCGAGGCUCACAGAUGUCAGUCACGCAUUGGCCAAUGUCAAUACAGUCCUGAGAACAGAUCUCAGCAACAUUGUGCAAAAGGGUUACUCAUCUUUUAAUGACACGCCAAAACUGGUUAAAGAACAAACUAAAAACGUUGUUGGAGGAGUAAAAGGUAUGCUGGAUAAGAUUGGCGCAGAGAUCACCGGCUUCUCCAAGAUGUUCCCAGUGGAAGCCUCUCUAGCCAAUUUCACCAUUUUCCUCAGUCAAGGACAGAGGAACAUUGAGUCCUUUUACCCACAGAUUGACCAAAUGGACUUCUACAGGUGGAUCGGCUGUGUGGCGGUGCUUUGCAUGGUCGUCCUGGUCCUGGCCUUCAACAUCCUUGGACUGCUGUGCGGUACCUGUGGCUACGACAAGCAAGCUACACCUACAACCCGAGGAUGCCUCUCAAACACCGGCGGCAACCUGCUAAUGGCUGGGGUCGGCUUCUCUUUUAUCUUUGCCUGGGUGCUGAUGGGCAUUGUGACCACCUUGUUUGUUGUUGGUGGCAACGUGGAGAAGCUGAUGUGUGAACCUUUGGCUAACCGACAGCUAUUCAAGAUUAUAGACACUCCAUUCCUGGUUCAUCCCGCCAAGAAGAACUUCCUUCCUGGGAUGCUGUUUCAGAAUCCGAACAUUGACUUGACUUUGGGAAGCAUGUACAGGGAGUGCUACGAGAACAACGGCCUGUAUCAUGCUCUGCAGCUGGAGACCAUGUUCAACAUCAACUCCUUCCUCAACAGAACUGUGUACAACAGGGAUCUGGCCAAAGUAUUUGAGAGCGUGCAGGUUGACUUACAGGACAUCACACUGCUGGAGCAGGCUGGACGAGACAACCUCAUCAACUUUGCUAACUCUGGAGUUGGACAGAUUGACUAUGAGGCAUACCUGGCUGAGGUAAAUAAGGGAGUCACUCUUGUGGAUCUUCUGUCCUUCGCUACAGACCUGGAGGCUCAGGCUGACCAGCUGCCACGUGGUGCUCUGGAGAAUGCACUGAAAGGACACGCCAGUAGUAUCAGACAUAUUCACAGAGAACAGGUGGUGCCCCUGGAGCAAGCAAUGAGUACGCUGAGCCAGAGUAUCAAACUGCUGCAGAGGACAUGUAACGACCUGCCGGUCAAGGUCACUAAUAUCCUGAGUGCCAUCGAUGCAGCAGAGUACCUCAUCCUUCAUAAUGCCACCCACGUGGUGAAACAGGAAACGAAGGGCUACAUAGAGAGCUUGGUGGGAUACUUCAAACAGUACACAGAAUGGGUUAAAAAUUCUCUGACUGCAGAGGUGGCCCAGUGUAAACCCAUCAGUAACAUUGUGGACAGCAUGGAGAUCGUAGCGUGCAGCUUCAUAGUGGAUUCAGUGAACACAUUCUGGUUUGGUCUGGGAGGCUGCUCUAUCCUUCUGAUCCCUAGUAUCAUUUUCUCCGUCAAACUGGCCAAGUAUUACAGGAGGAUGGACACAGAGGACGUCUUUGAAGAUUUGGGUAAUGCAGGUAAUCAUGGUGAACAGGUGUGCGAUAUCCAUGGAAACCUCAGUGUGGUCAGCUCCCCCUAUUGCGACACUCUGACUCGGUUCCCUCGGGCCUCUGCUCCGAGCUACACCGACUGGUGACCCACAGGAACACCCCCCGCCCCCGGUUGAAGAGCGGACAAGAGAACUGGAAUUGAGCUUUUCCUUGUGGAUCACUGGACUUUCUAGUUUUCCCAUUCAGAUCUCAUGACACUUCCUGAGACAGAAGAAUGACCUCUAAUACCAGCCAACUGUAAUUUAUCUCAUACACACCAGCAUCCAGUCACAGCAGCACCACAGCAGUCCUUCUGGUGUUUCAUACUGUACUUUAUCAAAUGUCAGAACAUUUUUCCUGCAUAGUUAGUUUUACAAAUAGAGAAUGAAUUUGUACUUGAUCAGUUUUAACUUGGUGACACAAGUGUACAUUUUUUAUGCUUUCAAAACUCUUGAAAGUUUUAUAUAUUUUUGUUAAUGUUUGUUUUAUAACAUGCAAGUAGCUUUUUGUAGUAGUAGCUCAUUUCUUUCUUUUUCUUUCUUUUCUUUGCUUUCAGAAUAUUUGUAAUAUAGCUUGCAUCAUUUUGGCUCUACAGGUUUGCACUGACCGGGUAGUUUUUCAAGCAAUAGUUUUUACAUUUUGGGAAACACGCAUCUCUGCUUUGUUGCCAAGGGUUUAAGGAGAAGAUACCACUCUCACAUCUGUAUGUUAAAUACCAGUUGCCAGCUAGCUUAGCUUAGCAUAAAGGCAAAGACUAAGUCUACAGUCAUAAUAAUAAAAUAAAUAAUCAUUUGAUAAUAAAAUAAUCAAAUUUAAAUGCUAACUAAUUCACAGCUGCUUUAACUGCUUUAAUGUUAACUAAAGUCAGCAGGGUUCAUCCUCUGUGCACUGUGAAUGUCUAACAGUUGUUGAUAUAUUUCAGUCAGAACCAAAAUGGUAGACUGACAAGCUAACACUGCCGUCAUAGUGCUUUGCCAUUAGCAUUCCUAAAGCAUCAGUUUGUGGUUUUCCAGGGUUUGGGUUUUGUACAUAUUAAAGAAACAAGACGGAAAGUGUUAAUUAGCGGCCAAUUCUGUCACCUUCAGACAGGAUCAGACUUUCUUAAACCUUUGUGCUAAGCUACGCUAACAGUCUCAAGGCUGAAGCUCAUAUUUAGCAUGCAUACACGACAGAGAUAUUGACCUUCUCCACUAACUCUCAGCCAAGGGAAUUUCACAAAAUGUCACACUAUUUCUUUAAACAUUGAACAAGGAAACUGGCUCUGUAUUCAAAUCUGAGACAUGAAGUGAUUAGUCCAGAGUUUAUCCUGGUCCAAAAGCAAAGUGUUACAAGCUAUUCAACACACACAUAAGCUACAUACAUAUUACCCUAACAAGGUCUUAAGACAGCUAACAAACAAAAUAUUGUGUCUUAGGCACCUUUCGCCAGACUGUUAGUGAGGGCCUAGUUUCUUGUGUUGUCAGGUGUUUUUUUUUUUCUUUCUUUCUUUUCUUUGCCAUCCUGUGGAAGCCUCUGUUGUGUCAGAUAUCAGAUGGAGGAACGCACACACACACACACACACACACACUCACAAAGAAAAAAUCCAACUGGAGUUUGUGGUGAGGGCGCAAAACUGUGAAUAAAAACUUCC